AUGGAAAUCAUUACGGAGAGGUUCUACUUGAACGUUUUCCGUUCAUCAACCCCUGUGGCAAGCCCAACCAUCCCCACUGAUGGAGCUCCACCACGAAUUCUCCCUUCGGAAGUACGAGUCGCUAUCAAGAGCAUUGAACCUGACACAGCCCCUGGACCUGAUUUUAUAUCAACAGACUUUCUUCGGGCUGGUGGCCAUCCACUUUAUGUAAUCUUAGCAGCGCACAUGACAUCCUACCUUCAGAAAGAAAGGAUCUCAGACCAGCGGAAUACCUCGCGAACCGUUUUUAUCUAUAAGAAAGGUGACCGAGAGGACCUUCGCAACUACCGUCCGAUAUGCUUGCUGAGUCUGUUAUACAAAGUAUUCUCCAAGGUCAUUGCGCAUAUCUAG